UUUUAUUUCCCGUCAGGGAGGGAUGGAAGAGAUGGACGGCAGGGUCCCCCUGGACCUCAAGGACUUGCUGGACCAAGAGGUGAUGAGCAUCUUUAAAAUUUUUUAAUUAACAUUUUAUUAUAAGCAUAAUCCAAGGUCCUUUCAGCAUUGCUUAUCCUAGCCACAGGAAGCAUGCAUGUCACGUUAAACCUAUCAAGUAAAUGGCCUAACUCGCCGUUAGUCUCUUUAACUACGUCACUAGAACAUCCGACAGAAUUCAGCUGGCUUUUAGAACUUCUCUUUUCCAAGUUUCUCGUGAAAUGUUGCACAAUUCAUUUUUUGUAUUUACCAUAGGAAAAACUGGUAAAAAGGGAAAUGAUGGCGCUCAGGGCCCCCCCGGACAAACAGGAGAGAAGGGAGACAAAGGAAACGGAGUGUCUGGUGUAAAUUACGUCCGCUGGGGCCGAAUCGAAUGCCCUGGAAAUGCAACUUUAGUGUACAGUGGUAAGAAAGAAAUUAUUUGACUUUCUGUAUUGAAAUUUUACUUAUUACGAUUAAUUGCAACUGGAAUUUAUGUGCCUCAGAAUAGACAAGGAUGAACAUAAUAACUUCGCUUGUCAACAAUAGAUGCAGGGGUCUGAUAUUGUUUUACUGAUUUUGAUUUAAUUGUAUAAUUACUGUGAUAGGUUGAUUCUAAUUACAAAAUAUUUGCAAGAAAGGAGCGCAAUUUUAACAGCUUUGACGCUGUCAUAUAUCCUUUUGUUCCAUGAUUAUUUAAAUCGUAUAAUGGUAACGAAUUUUCUCGUAGUUAACAGAGGAGUAAGGAAGUCAGGACGUGCCUGACGAAAUAUUGCAAAUGAAAUAUACAUACAUUCCCAUGCAGGCCGCGUUGCCCUUUUCUAUCCUCUAUACUAUUUUCCUCUUCCAAAGUGUAAUAAUAGGUACGCACUGCCCACCGAUUGCUGGAGUAAGCCUUCUUAUCAAUAAACAUUAGUUAGAAUAGUGAUUCUCCUACGUUAUUUCGCCAUGUAAGGUAAUUUGGAUUCCGGAUCGCGCGCGCGGAAUCCGGCAAAUCUUUGUUGGUGAAAUCUGGAAUCCGGCAAACUUCACUGGUAAAAUCCAGAAUCUAGGGAAUUCAGCUCCAGGAAUCCGAGCUCCAGCUUACGAUUGGAAUUCGAAAUCCACUUUCCACUGACAAGAAAUCCGGAAUCCAGUAGAGUGGAACCUCGAUAUAACGAAGGGCCAAGGGACUGGCAGAACAGGUUCACUGAAACGAGGUUUCGUUAUAUCGAGGUUUUCUUCCAUAUAUUUUACUAUUACUGGGGUUAAAAAAAUUGUUCGUUAUAAAGAGGACUUCCUUAUAUGGAGAUUCGUUAUAUCGAGGUUCCACUGUACCUGGAGUCCAGUAACCACUGCAUGGAAUCCAGAAUCCAAGAAGUCUUGGAUUACGUAUAUCGUGAGGCGAGUUUUUGCUGUAGCCAUUAGGAUAGGUGACACAAAUUAAGAUGGAAGUAUCGCUUCUGAAAAUGCAAGUACAAAUUUAUCUAACUCAUUUUUUAGGGAUGAUGGGAGGCGAAAACCACAAUCACCAAGGCGGUGGAGCGAAUUACCUUUGCCUUCCACGCAAACCAAAGUACGACAAGUACGACGACGGCAAUCAAAACUCAGGAUAUAUGUUUGGCACUGAAUAUGAGAUUAAUGAUUACAGUGGGUCUGUUUUGAAGAGCAAUCUUCAUGAUCACGAGGUGCCUUGUGCUGUCUGCUUUGUCAAGUCACGUGGCUCAAUGCUGAUGAUCCCUGCACAGAAUGACUGUCCAUAUGGAUGGACCGAGGAGUAUCAUGGGUACCUGAUGACUGCAUAUUACGAUCAUGCGAACCAAAAGGAUUACGUCUGUGUCGACAAAGACCCAGAUUAUAUUCUAGGGACCAAGGAAAGCAAGGAUGGUGCUUUGCUGUACCACGUGGAAGGACAAUGUGGCUCACUUCCGUGUCUUCCAUAUGUUAAUCAUCGAGAGCUGACAUGCGCUGUUUGCACCAAGUGAGAAUAAGCUUUCCAGGAAGCCAGACACAUUCAAAGAAACUCUACAGACUAAAACCUCUUAAUUGUAGAGUUCAGUAAAGACAACAUCGUUCAUAAAGGACGUUUUAGUUCAAUAACAACUGUAUGAGUUCAGAAAAUGUCACACACAUCAAUGUAUCUUUAUUUGGAUCCCUUACGUGACAAGGUAGGGGAAGGGGAUCUUCACGGGUAUAUGUAUAAACUUUUGUUAUUAAUAAUAAUAAUAAUAAUUUUUUUUCUGUUCUUCACUUUACGGGGGGCUUGAUUGUAUUGCUCCAACAUCCUGCUGGUGUAGUUUUGUGGCAAUUGGUAUAUAUCAGUAGGUGUAGCUCAGCAAAGCUUCCAUUGUUGCAAGAUAUAUGGCGGUUUAUUAUAGUAGUUAAGCAUCAAACUUCAGGGGCGGAUCUAGGGGGAGGGUGCAGGGGGUGCGCAGCCCCCCCUUGCUCCCCCCCGAGAUGACCUGCGGUUUUCUAAUACAACUGGUAUUCUGCAAAAAAAAAACCUAUGUGGUUUAUUGGUGUUGAAGUAGAGCAAGAGACGAGUGCAACCCCUCCUAAAAAAAUCCUGGAUCCGCCCCUGUUGUCAUGUGACAAAUUAAUUUUGUUGAAGGCCUGACUGCGGUGUAACGUUUGUUUCAAUUUUUGUUUGCGUUUGUCGGUUUCUUUCUUUAAUUGUUUUUUGCAAAGAAACUAUCAAACGCACAAAAAUCUUGAAACAAAGAUACCAACUUAUUCCUUUUAAAAUUGACUAAUGUCCAAGUUUAUUAAUUUUCGGUUCUUGACAAAAAAUAACUUUUUGGUCCCUUGAGGUCAUUAUGUACGGCAAUCUAACCUUCCCUUGUAGAAACCUUCAUGAUAAAGACACUGCCCCUUACGGAUUUAGAAAUUUAAAGAAAAUCCCCACCACAUCUGCAAUAUGAGCAGUCGUAUUAGUCGCAAAGAUAGCAAAAUUCAUAAUAAAGGCACCACUCUAAUAAAGAUGGUUCUAAUGGUCUCAAAGAUGCCAAUCUUCAUAGAGGCCCUUAAGCUAUUUCUAAAAAACAGUUGCCUUUAUAACGCAACGUGUUCAUGUGUUCAGCUAGUUUGAUCCACCCCUUUGGUUUUCGUAUUGGGGAUCGAAAUUUGACUGCAGGUAUUUUGUCGUAAAUCAGUAAUCACAGAAGGCAUUGUUUGCGAAAAGAUCUGUUAUACUUAAGCCGUUUAGACCAUGUAAAGACAGUUAACCUGCGUGGCAGGCGCAAAAAGGGGAGGGAAGGGGAGGAGGAAAAGAGCGCAAAAGGGAAUAGGGAGAGGAGUCUUACCCUCUCACCCCAAUUCUCCUUCCUUUUUCCCUUCUUCCCAAUCCCCUACCCUUUUCGACGCCUGCUGCGCAGGCUAAAGACAGUACACUCAAUUGUCGCAGCAUGAGUCUGUCAAUUUAAUGUAUUAGUCUUUUAGUUUUUUUGCUGUCAAAAGCAGAUACCUAGAUUCUAGAUUAAUAAUAAAAUGUCCUUUUCAAGCAACAUCAAAGUAGCUUAACUGGGUAGUUGUGUUGUUCUGUUCGUUUUCACCAACAGCACCAAACAAAACAGGAUAAAAGUAGUUACUGAGAAAUUGUGUUAUUCCGUCGCAGUCGCAAUCCUUGAGUUUUGGAUUUCAUGGUGUCGCUUUUUUGUUAUCUUCUCUUAAAACUAUCUCGAUUCUUAGUAAAUAAAUACAGAUUUUUGUCUGAAAUUUUAAAAAAAUCUCAUGUUCAUAGGCCCUUGAUCAGGCAAGUUCACCCACUUGCACUUCCCACUGAUUUUCAACUUUCAAAGUCGAACUUUCCCAGCCGG